GACAAAAUGGGGAAUGGAUCGGUGAAACCCAAGCACCUGAAGCGGCCAGAUAGACAUGUAGCAAACCUCUCUACUGGCUGUUCUGGCAACUGUAAGUUUUUGAAGGACCCAGCUCUGGGCAUCAAUGUGACUGGGCAAGUUGAUGUUCUUUGCAGCAGAGUGCUUGACCUGGAAAAGAUGCUGAAGAGAAAAGAUGAAGAGUUACGGGACAGUGAAUGCCAUGUUGCUGAGCUUCAGGAACAGCUGGGUGUGCAAACUAAGGUCAUAGCAGAACUCACCAAGGAACUUCAGAGCAAGUGUAUACAGCUGAACAAACUGCAGGAUGUUGUUAACAUUCAGGGAGAGAGCUCUCUUCAGGCUUCUCCAUUUAAAGUGGCUCCAAGGAUUAAAGUCUCUGCUAAUGGGAGGAGAGGUGCUAAGGAAGGUGUAUCUGCAGAACCGACAACAUGGCUGUAUGAUCUGAGCAGGCAGGCUCGGUUUUCCUUUGAAAAAGCAAGAGUCAGAAAGGAUUCCAGUGAGAAGAAGCUCAUCAUGGAUGCCCUGAAUAAAAAUCAAUUCCUGAAGAGACUGGAGCCUCAGCAGAUCCGAGACAUGGUGGAAUGUAUGUAUGAAAGGACCUACCAGCAAGGGAGUUACAUCAUCAGACAAGGAGAGCCAGGCAAUCACAUUUUUGUACUUGAAGAGGGCAAUCUGGAAGUCUUUCAGCAGAACAAGCUACUCUCCUCAAUACCUGUAUGGACAGCAUUUGGUGAACUAGCCAUUUUAUACAACUGUACACGGACAGCCUCUGUGAAAGCAAUCACCAAUGUUAAAACAUGGGCAUUGGACAGAGAAGUGUUUCAAAAUAUCAUGAGGGUGACAGCACAAACAAGACAAGAACAAUACAGAAGCUUCCUUAGAAGUGUGUCCCUGCUGAAGAACUUACCUGAAGAUAAAUUAACCAAGAUCAUGGACUGCCUGGAGGUGGAGUACUAUGACAAGGGAAAUUAUGUUAUUCGGGAAGGAGAAGAGGGCAGUACCUUCUUUAUCAUAGCAAAGGGAAAGGUGAAAGUUACCCAGAGUACUGCAGGUCACUCACAGCCUCAGCUGAUUAAGACUCUACAUAAGGGAGAUUACUUUGGGGAGAAGGCUCUGAUUAGUGAUGAUGUCAGAUCAGCCAACAUUAUUGCAGAUGAAAAUGACGUGGAGUGCCUUGUUAUAGAUAGAGAGACAUUUAAUCAAACAGUUGGAACUUUUGAAGAGCUCCAGACCUACCUUGAGGGUUAUGUGGCUAACCUGGCCCGCGCUGAUGAAAAGCGACAUGCAAAAAGAUCCCUCUGUGGACAGCUGACCAGAGAGGUCUCUCUGGAGAUGAUACAACUGAAGGAGAAAGUAGCCCAGUUCCCUUCUUCUCCGUUCCAGAAUUUGGAAGUUGUCACAACUCUGGGCGUUGGUGGGUUCGGAAGGGUUGAGCUUGUUAAAGUGAAAAAUGAGAACAUGACUUUUGCUAUGAAGUGUAUAAAGAAGAAGCAUGUAGUGGACACCAAACAACAAGAGCAUGUCUACUCUGAGAAGAAAAUCCUCCAAGAGAUAUGUUCUCCAUUCAUUGUAAAACUAUACCGCACAUUCAAGGAUAGUAAGUAUGUAUACAUGCUGCUAGAGGCCUGCCUUGGAGGGGAAUUGUGGAGCUUGCUGAGAGACAGAGGCAACUUUGAUGAAUCCACUACUAAGUUCUGUGUUGGGUGUGUGACAGAGGCUUUUGACUAUCUACAUCAUAUAGGAAUUAUCUACAGAGACCUGAAACCAGAAAAUUUAAUUUUGGAUGCUGAAGGAUAUAUAAAACUGGUUGAUUUUGGAUUUGCAAAGAAGAUUGGAUCAGGGCAGAAAACAUGGACGUUUUGUGGAACUCCUGAGUAUGUUGCCCCUGAAGUCAUUCUGAGUAAAGGCCAUGACUUCAGCGUGGAUUUUUGGUCCCUUGGGAUUCUUGUGUAUGAACUCCUUACUGGCAGUCCACCAUUCUCUGGGGCUGAUCAAAUGAUGACCUAUAAUUUGAUUCUCAAAGGCAUUGAAAAACUGGAUUUUCCUAAAACAAUAACAAGGCGGCCUGAGGAUUUGAUCCGCAGGCUCUGCAGGCAAAAUCCUACAGAAAGAUUAGGCAAUCUGAGAAAUGGAAUUAAUGACAUCAGGAAGCAUAGGUGGUUGAAUGGUUUUAACUGGGAUGGUCUGAAAGUGAGGAAAUUAACAUCACCUUUAAAAAGAGAGCUGUCUGGACCCACUGACUACAGCUACUUUGACUGCUAUCCACCUGAAGAGGGAACGCCUCCGGAUGAACUUUCAGGCUGGGACAAGGAUUUCUGAGAAUUUUUCUGCC